AAGAAAGUUUUGAUAAUCGGUAAUGAGUUGAUAACAAGAACUGAGAGAAAAUGUUUUAAAACUGAUUUUUGCUUCAACAUAAUGUUCCAUCGCUUGUCAACUAUUGGUGGAAUACUUCCAAUGAAAAUCACAUCAAGCGUUGAAGUCAAUGAGACAAUUGCCAAUUAUAAAACUUUAAACGUUCAAAUAGAAGCAAACAAAGAAACAGCUCUUGAACAGAGAUUAGCAGAUAUAGAAAGAAGAUUGUCAUCAGUUGAGCAACCGGUUUGGAAAAUUGAAAAGUCGGCAGAUAUGAAGGCAUGGGACCAUUGCACAGAAACAGGCUUUUGUAGAUGUAUUCCUGCUCUUAAACAAAUUACUUGUUGGCGUUUGAAUCUUCGAAGCAUUCCAGCAACGCAAUCCAUUCCAAAUGACAUAAGUCACAUUGACCUUUCAUCGAACCACUUGUCAACCCUUCACAAAGAUUCAUUUCGGGGUCUAACGCAUCUUACAUUAUUGGAUCUUUCGAAAAACCAUUUAGAUUUCUUACCGAAUGAUUUAUUGUUAGACUUGGAUAGCUUAUCGAACUUACGUCUCCAAGAGAAUAAACUUGAAAGCUUAGACGCACAAUUGUUUCUCAAAUUAAGAAGCUUAAAGAUAUUAGACAUGAGCCAAAACCAAUUAUUGUUUGCAUUGCCAUACGAGCUAUUUCAAUCAAUUUAUCACAUUAGAGUGAUCAACCUCGCACACAAUAAAUUGAGAGAUUUACCGAAUCUACAAGAGCAAGUUGUGUUAGAGGAGCUUGAUAUAUCAAAGAACGAGUUACGUUCAAUUGGCAGCAGUCAUUUCAAACAAUUGAAAAAUCUAAGAACGCUUCGAUUGUCGGAGAAUUUUAUUGAUGAGAUUGCAACUGAUGCAUUCGAUAAUUUGAUGCAUCUGAAAUGUUUAUAUUUGAAGAAGAAUCUUAUAACUCAUAUAAAUGAAAGGCACUUUAGGAAUUUACGGAAUCUGAUUAUCUUGGAUUUAGCGGCAAAUAAAAUUCAAAAUAUUCAUUCCAACGCUUUUCACAGUCUCACGAAGGUUUUUGAAUUGCAUUUAAGUCAAAAUGUCUUAAGAGAAAUCCCUGAAAAGCUUUUUCUGAAGAUGGAACGUUUGAGAAAGCUCAUGUUGUUUAGCAAUGACUUUCGCUAUUUACAUUCGCAGAGCUUUGUGGGUUUGAGGCGAUUAGACUCAAAUAAACUUCAAUAUUUACCGAAAGAUUGUCUUGAUAAAAUCCCGAAGCUGCUGAAAAUUAAGCUGGAUAAGAAUCCAUGGCAUUGUGACUGUCACUCAAUAUACCUCGCUCGCUUUUUACGUGAACAUUACACAAAGUUAUGGAAUGGCAUUGCUGGAGGGCCCAUAUGUUUGGGACCAGGUGAACUUGGAGGAAAACAAGUUAGCAUUUUGAGAUUUGAUCAUCUUUGCUAUGGACAAUGGUACUCGAUGGUGAACUUAUCUCCAAGACUACCGAUCAAACAGCAAUCGUCCGAUGUUAUAGAAACAACAGAGUCAUUACGAGAUAAUGUUACGGAACAGAAGAACAGCGGAAAGACAUCAAAUAGACGAAAUCAUUUGGGGUUUGAAGUUUGCCACAUAAGGAAAUUGUGA